UCGAAAACAAAAGGCUUCUCACAAAGAUGCACACCCACACAAGCCCGAGAGCUACCACACCCAGAGGCGGGACAAGCAGACACGCUCCCCAGGAGCAGGCACCGAGGAGCCGCAUAGGGAAAACACGAGACAGGACACACUACCAAGGAAUCGAUCCAGACGCCUGGACCCCAACCACUGCCCGACAGGCAAGGCGACACACGACAGGUGAGCAAUCCACGCGCAUCACUGGUGGUGCCGUGGACAGACGCUCCCCGACGCCUAAACCUAGCCAUCACGAUCAGUGA